AGUGAAAAGAAAAGAAUUUUAACGUUAUACUUACGAUGGAUUCGAUUACUGAGUUGACACCUUGAAUUAGCUCAAUAAUUAUAAUAAAUUAGUCUAACGUUUGCACUAAAAUAAAAUCUGCAGCGGACCUUUUAUCUUCCAAUCAUAAACAAAAUGGCCAAUUUGUUUGAGUUCAAUAUACAAGUCUGCACAUAACCUGUGAAAGUGAAAGCGUUUAAUAUUUUAAUAACGUUUUGCUGAUAUCGAUGAGCAGUCAAUCGAUUAUUAAUUUUUUUAUUUUUAUCAAAUAAAUAAAUCAAAUAUAAAUAGUGGAAAAUUGAACAAAAUUUUUAAACCUAAGUAUUGUUAUUUAUGAUUACCAGGGAAGAAAGCUGCAUUAUGACUGUAUGUUGACGUAAUCAAGUAAUUCGUGCACAGAUGGAUCGCACUGUCAUGUUUUCAUUUGAUUUGAUAUCUUAACCAACUAACCUUAAUAUAUAUAUUUGUGAUAUUAUUUUGAAUUGAAAUUUAUUUUAAAAUAUUUAAAGCGUAGUUUUUAAUUAUCACCAUGUCAAGACAAGGAACAAGAUUGGAUGCUAAGAAAGUGAAUUCAGAGCUGUUUACUUUGACUUAUGGAGCUCUAGUUUCGCAGCUCAUGAAAGAUUAUGACAAUGCAGAUGAUGUUAACAAACAAUUAGAACGAAUGGGCUACAACAUAGGUGUACGACUUAUUGAAGAUUAUCUAGCUAGAACCGGAACCGGUCGCUGUUAUGAUUUCAGAGACACUGCAGAGAAAAUACAGGCUGGAUUCAGAUUAUAUUUGGGCAUUUCUCCAGUUAUAACAAAUUGGAGCUCAGCUGGUGACGAAUUCUCUCUCCAGUUCGAAUCCAAUCCCCUCACAGAGUUUGUGGAGCUGCCUGAUAAUUGCUUAGGAUUGAAAUACAUGAAUGUUUUGACGGGAGUCUUGAGAGGAGCUUGCGAAAUGGUACAAAUGGAUGUGACAUCAUGGUUCGUGCAAGAUCAGCUGAAAGGGGAUAAUGUCACAGAACUGAGAGUCAAGUUCAUCAAAAGACUAGAAGAUGCCAUACCGGCGGGUGAAGAUUGAGAACACUAAAGUUUCCGGUUUUUGAAAAAUUGUCAAGUUAAUAGACUAUAUUCGAUAAUAAUCUUGCAAUAUUAUACCUUGAAUUUGUAAAUAUUUUUUGAAUGAACUAUGCUGGGUUGUAGGGUUGUA